AUGGCGCACCUCCAAAAUCCUCAGCGGGUAGCCCACUCCACCUGUAGCAACCGAGCUCCAAAGUGGCCCCGCAUCUCCCAAAAGUCCGGCCUCAAGGCCCAGCACCUCCUGCCAGAUGACUGCAUGGUGCAGGUCCCCGGCUGCCUGACCCAGGAGGAGGCAGCCAAGUUUGUGACGGUAGCGGAGUCAGUAGGCUUCCAGCACUCCACCAGCAGAGGGCCAGCCUACGGCGAGGCAUUUAGAGACAACGACCGGAUCCAGUUCCAGGAUCAGCAGCUGGCAGACCAGCUGUGGCAGGCCGCGGGGCUGCAGCAGCUGUGCGCGGGUCUGGGCGAUGAGGAGGGGUGCCCCGUCAGGCUAAACCCCAAUAUCCGCAUCUACCGGUACCGGCCUGGACAGAAGUUUGGAAAGCACAUCGACGAGAGCAACGAGCUGGGCUGUGGGCAGUACACGCAGUACACGCUGCUCAUCUACCUCUCCACCUGCGGCGGCGGGGAAACCAUCUUCUAUGGCGAGUCGGGCCCAGCCGCCGCCCAUGCUCUCUUCUGUCGUCCUCGCCGUGCAGGAGGCCGCAACUGCAAGCUGGCGGCGGUGACGCCGCAGCCGGGGCUGGCGCUGCUGCACCGCCACGGCGACGAGUGCAUGGAGCACGAGGCGGCGGCGGUGACAGCUGGCAUAAAGUACGUGCUGCGGUCCGACGUGGUCUUCCAGCAGUGCUGA